AUGGUAAAACUAAAUACAUCUGAUAGACAGCCCAUAGUAAACCUAACCACACCUGAUAGACAGCCCAUAGUAAACCUAACCACACCUGAUAGACAGCCCAUACCCAUAGUAGACCUAAAUACACCUGAUAGACAUCCCAUAGUAAACCUAAAUACACCUGAUAGACAGUCCAUAGUAAACCUAAAUACACCUGAUAGACAGUCCAUAGUAAACCUAAAUACACCUGACAGACAGCCCAUAGUAAACCUAAAUACACGUGAUAGACAGUCCAUAGUAAACCUAAAUACACCUGACAGACAGCCCAUAGUAAACCUAAAUACACGUGAUAGACAGUCCAUAGUAAACCUAAAUACACCUGAUAGACAGCCCAUAGUAAACCUAAAUACACAUGAUAGACAGCCCAUAGUAUUCCUAAAUACACCUGAUAGACAUCCCAUAGUAAACCUAAAUACACCUGAUAGACAGCCCAUAGUAAACCUAAAUACACCUGAUAGACAGCCCAUAGUAAACCUAAAUACACCUGAUAGACAGCCCAUAGUAAACCUAAAUACACCUGAUAGACAGCCCAUAGUAAACCUAAAUACACCUGAUAGACAGCCCAUAGUAACUCUAAAUACACCUGAUAGACAGUCCAUAGAAAACCUAAAUACACCUGACAGACAGCCCAUAGUAAACCUAAAUACACCUGAUAGACAGUCCAUAGUAAACCUAAAUACACCUGAUAGACAGCCCAUAGUAAACCUAAAUACACCUGAUAGACAGUCCAUAGUAAACCUAAAUACACCUGAUAGACAGUCCAUAGUAAACCUAAAUACACCUGAUAGACAGUCCAUAGUAAACCUAAAUACACCUGAUAGACAGCCCAUAGUAAACCUAAAUACACCUGAUAGACAGCCCAUAGUAAACCUAAAUACACCUGAUAGACAGUCCAUAGUAAACCUAAAUACACCUGAUAGACAGUCCAUAGUAAACCUAAAUACACCUGACAGACAGCCCACAGUAAACCUAAAUACACCUGAUAGACAGCCCAUAGUAAACCUAAAUACACCUGAUAGACAGCCCAUAGUAAACCUAAAUACACCUGAUAGACAGUCCAUAGUAACUCUAAAUACACGUGAUAGACAGCCCAUAGUAAACCUAAAUACACCUGACAGACAGCCCAUAGUAAACCUAAAUACACCUGAUAGACAGCCCAUAGUAAACCUAAAUACACCUGAUAGACAGCCCAUAGUAAACCUAAAUACACCUGAUAGACAGCCCAUAGUAAACCUAAAUACACCUGAUAGACAGCCCAUAGUAAACCUAAAUACACCUGAUAGACAGCCCAUAGUAAACCUAAAUACACCUGAUAGACAGCCCAUAGUAAACCUAAAUACACCUGAUAGACAGUAA